AUGAGAAUCAGUCACCUGGGCUCACAAUCACCGAUAGUUGAUUCGAUAAGUAACAUUGUACAUAAAUACCAAUCGAUGAUCAUAAACAAUACAAUUAAGUGGUUAAUUUACAAAGAUCACACUUAUGAAACACUAUUUGAUGGUCGCAAACAAUUCUACACUGGUGAAACAAUAACAAACUUUAAAUUAGAUUUCAAACCGACCACGAGUUUUGCAUUUAAAAAUUUGCGGACAAUUUGUUUUAUGAACCAAAUGUCUGUCGGAAAUGUUUUUCGGCGAAACUACCGGUGCUUUGAUUUCACAAACAUUAAUAAACCGCAGGAACUGAUUGUCGGACAAAACCAAUGGCUGACACAUAACGAGGACUACAAUCUCAAGGCAAUGAUUGCCAAAACUGAGAGUCCGUACGAAGUGUUGGCUAUAUUUUAUACGCGUAACGCCUGUCUACACGAUACGUUUAUAUUUUCACUCAACGCGGGAAGGGUUAAACAUCGCUAUCAAUAUCUGGUGCUCUAUAAAGAAGGCCUGGAUAUCACGUAUUGUAUUGAAGAGUAUUUUGGUAAUCGUAAUGGAUAUUGGUCACUCAAUCGUAACGACACAACCAUUCAUUUGAAUACAAACUCAUCGACAAGUCAUUGGUUUGAUGGCGAAUACAUCGCAACAUUUACUGUUAAUUAUGGUAACAGAACUGCAUUUGGAUUCAUUAAGCCCAAUAAACUGCUUACUGAUUGGAAAAUAUACAACGAGACCAGUCCAGACAUUGUAAAUGAUUUUAAGGGCACUUCAGAUGCAGUCAUACCUGUGACCAAUACCACUGGAUUUGAUAAAACACAGCCUAACUUCGGUAUACAAGUUAUGCGGGUGAAAAAUGUGUAUAAAAGGGUUUAUAACUGCUAUGAUAUCGGUAAAGUAAGGCAUGUUUUUCUUAAUCGCCCAACCAAUGCCAUUCCCGCCGGCGGUCAAAGUGGCCACAAAGUAAUUGCUGUAUUCAAUGACUAUAACUUUUCUUUCAAACGGCUUCUAUGGCUCUACGCCGACGAACUAGAGAUCAGGUACUGUUGGACACAAACUUAUGCCAUGUCUACCGAUUGUUUUCCAAACAGUACUACGUUAAUUAACUGCGAACCUGAACCUAGAUCAACUUCAACGUCGACUACAGAGACAGUGGCUAAAACUACCACUACUAGCUCAACACAGGCGUUGUCGACAUUACUAACUUCAAGCCAAGUACCAAACCAAAGCCCAACACCAAACCCAAGUCCAGGUGUCAAUUACCUGGUAGUGGGAAAUGUGGUGGCAUUUCUGGCACUGGUAGUCAUGAUCAUCGUAUCCGCCAUUAGUAUGAUAUUGUGUUACAUUUGGAGGGAGGAAAAAGGUCAUAGUGUAAACAUCAAACACAAACAUACUUUGAAUCCAUGCCGGGCCAUAACCACGGUGGACUGUCGGGCCCUCAUGGUAACCAACUUAUACGUGGCCAGCAGUUUGUACGUGCGCUUAGCCUCCAGACAUACGGUGGCGCACCAGGGAGAAGAAAAAGGUGGCGUAGACCAAGAUGAUCGUGAUGUUGACCGACAUGUUCUCGUAGCCAAACGCGAACAUAAAAAUGAUCAGGGCGAUUACCGCCGAACUGGUCAGCCACACGACGCCCAAAAAGCGCGACCAAUAGUUACCGUCGAUACUCAUAAUCUCCAGCGAACGGGUGACCCGAUCGGUGUCGGCGCCGGUCACCGGCCGUCCGGCGCCGAUACACUCGCGCAGCAUACGGAAUAUAAAGUACGAGCCGAUGAAAAAGUGCAUAGUAUGGAAAAGGCCCAGGGUUAUAAAAUCCAGGAAACUCACGCGCCAUAUACGAGUGCGGGCGAGCAGGUCGCGCACCAGACGCUCGUUGGUCAGCCCUAUCGACGCGGGCGCGAUCACGCCCGACAUCAUGGUGAACACUUUGAGAUAGCUGGGCUGUCGGCCCGCCAGCCAAUAGUAAUAGUGCAAUAUCUGCGACCAGAUGGACAUGUUGUAGACCAGGGCGGCGGUCAUGUUCAGGUGGAACUGCAUGUUCAUGAAGUAGCCGUAGUCGCCGAUGAGCAGGUAGAAUCGGUCGCCCCGAUCCCCGUCAAUGCACACGCUAGGUGCGCUCCGGACGACUCGAUUCGCAUACUCUCCGGUAUCGGCUCCUGGAGGUUGAGCUCCGGCUCAUUGGGUUUGGGCGGCUCCGGGCUAUUAGCGGGCGAUUCAGUUGCCGUG